CAAAGAUGGCGGCCGUGCUGAGCUUGUGCGGAGCUCUGAUCUUUUUUCUUCCUUCGAUCACGUGGAGCAGGAAGGUGUCAGUCCAGUUGAAUCCAGGUGCGCUGACUCCGCCCCCUGGUGGCGAUGUGGUGCACGUGAGAGCUCAGGGAGACAACGACACGCUUCACUUCCUCUUCUGCAGCCAGGGGGCGCCAACACUUCUGAUGGUGCACACCAACCUGUCUACUUCUACUCUAUCGGUGGAGUGGUCAGUGUUCCUGAGUGACAACAGUAGUGGGAGUGUGAAGGUGGAACCUGGCAGCAACAUCUUGUACAGCAGGGCCCUCGUCUUCACUAGAUUGUUAGAAUACAACGACGUCAACAACACAGCACAAGUGACCUCUGACCUGUACCCGCCCUAUGACCUGCACAACAUCAGCUGGUCUCAUGUCAAACUGUCUGGAACCUCCGUGCUCUUGUGUGGUCCUCUGGUGCUAGGACUGCUCUGUCUGAAGCUGUCUGCGUUCGAGUCGGAGGGGCGUGCGGAGACUUGGCCCCGCCUACUUCACACAGCUAACUCCUCCCAGAUGGAGGUGUGGCUUGACGGCCUGUAUCCGAGGGCGGAGCGAUCGCGCUUCUUCCUGGAGCUGCAGGCAGUGGGCGGAGCCUAUCCCCUGGACAGCGUGGCGGUGCGUCGCUCCAUCGAUGACGAGUUCACGCCCUCCAUCUUCCAGGUGUCUCAGUGGACAUCGGCAACAGAGGACAGCUCCCGGGGGCGGGGCUUCGUCCUGUGGAAGCCGGUGGCGUAUCGCCGCUCCUCGCCCACGCUGGAGGACGCCACGCCGUGUCGCCACUCCCACCCGCGCCCCACCGACGGCCAAGAGGUGGCGGCGGCGUCCAGGCUGGUGAGAGCCUUCUUCUACCAGGAGGUCGCCUACGGACUCAACGUGACCUUUGGCCUGGCGGGAGGACCCUUCUACAACAGCAGCAGGUUCCUCACAUGGACUCUGCUGGUGGGCGUCGGCCUCCCCCCCGCAGACACCUUCUCCCCUCUGCUGCUCGCCAUCAUGGCCGCAGGGCUGGGCGUCCCACUCCUCCUCCUGUUGAUGGGCGGAGUUUAUGUCUGCACGCGCGCUCCAUCUGCUUCCUCUGUCAACAGCUACCAGCCAAUCAACUGACCUCACCACGCCCCCUUUAUCAGCCAAUCAGCUGACCUCACCACGCCCCCUUUAUCAGCCAAUCAGCUGACCUCACCACGCCCCCUUUAUCAGCCAAUCAACUGACCUCACCACGCCCCCUUUAUCAGCCAAUCAACUGACCUCACCACGCCCCCUUUAUCAGCCAAUCAACUGACCUCACCACGCCCCCUUUAUCAGCCAAUCAACUGACCUCACCACGCCCCCUUUAUCAGCCAAUCAGCUGACCUCACCACGCCCCCUUUAUCAGCCAAUCAACUGACCUCACCACGCCCCCUUUAUCAGCCAAUCAGCUGACCUCACCACGCCCCCUUUAUCAGCCAAUCAACUGACCUCACCACGCCCCCUUUAUCAGCCAAUCAGCUGACCUCACCACGCCCCCUUUAUCAGCCAAUCAGGACAGAGAUGGACUCAGGUGAAGAAAUGUACAAUCAAUAGUUAGGGAUCAAUAACCUGUGGAUCAUUAGUUAAUAGAUCAAUAACUAGUGGAUCAUUAGUUAAUAGAUCAAUAACUAGUGGAUCAUUAGUUAAUAGAUCAGUAACUAGUGGACCAUUAGUUAAUAGAUCAAUAACUAGUGGAUCAUUAGUUAAUAGAUCAGUAACUAGUGGAUCAUUAGUUAAUAUAUCAAUAACUAGUGGAUCAUUAGUUGAUAGAUCAAUAACU